UAAACUCAGUCGCUUCCUGAGUUAGGCUCGUCGGCGCGAUUACGAAAAUAAAACUUCCUAAUUUCGUUAAUGUUUAGAAGACAGAUAAUUUUUAUGGGGAUAGAUAAUUAAAGUGGAUAUUUGUGGAGGAAUGUCGAUUAAGCAGGACUUGUGAGUGCCUUGUUGAUGUGAAAGAGUUGUAAUUUUCUUUGGAAAAAGGAGCGGGUUGUGUCGCCAUGGAGGAAGAGAAAAAAGAAUUAGAAGCAGACGAGCCCGCGCGUGGCUGGUGGGCGAGGCUCGGCAAGAACAAAAAGUUUCGAAAAAUGGUCGGCCAUUUGUCGUUAAUCUUCGCCCUCUUGGUCUACACUUUCAUCGGCGCUCUGAUAUUUCAAGCAUUAGAGUACGAUGAGGAAGUGAUUCAGCAAGAAACCGUGAGGGUCCAACUCAUGCAAAAUCGCCGCCAUUUUAUACAAGAGAUCCUUAAUCUAACAGAGAGCGCUGGGUUAUCCCGUUCUUUUUCGUCUUUUUAUAAUGACCAAGAGGGAGGGAUGGGAGAAAACCACACCGAGGGAGAGUGGGAAUACGAAGAAGAGAGCGAAAGGGCAGAGAAAGAAGAAAAAGUCUCCAUGAUGCUGAGACACUACGAACAGGUUGUGGUAGACAGCGGCGACGCCCGAGUGACGCCUCUCCAGGCCGGGACAGAACCUGGCUGGACUUUCCCGCAGAGUGUGUUCUUCACGGCUACGGUUCUGACUACUAUAGGCUACGGCAACAUCGCCCCCAUGACCGUCCGAGGCAAGAUCUUCUGCAUCGUCUUCGCCCUCGUCGGGAUUCCUCUCACCCUCACUAUCAUCAGCGACAUGGGUGAGGUGUUGGCGUCGCUCGUGCCUGUGGAGACUCUGUCGAAGAUGCUGCCGAAAGGGAAGCUCCGUCCCGUCGUAACCGUCCUGGGCGUGUUGGGUCUACUGGUGGGCAUCAUAGCUAUGGGAGGCUGCAUCUUCGCCCCGCUGCAGAGAUGGUCCUUCAUGGAUGCUUUUUACUUCUGCUUCAUCACCACAACGACCAUCGGUUUUGGGGAUCUCGUGCCUGACGUCGGGAAGACCUGGUCCCUGAUGGGCUGCACGCUGUACAUCCUCGUGGGUCCUGUGUUCACCUCCACCGUGAUCGAGCUUGUCCGCCGCCAGUACGCUUCGUCGUGGGAGCAGAUGAAACAGCUGUCACUUCGACUCAACACGAUCUCGGGGCCGCUCGCUGAAGCUAUGAGGAAGAUGGCGGAGACAGGGGCUGGAGAGGUGGAAGUGGACGUCGACCUCGUGAGGGAACUUCGCGACCUGGACACCGCCUUCACCCGCGUCCUGAGGGAGGAGGAGGGAGGCCAGGUCGAGGAGAAGGAGCCUGAGGACGACCCUUGGACGGCACUCCUCAACAUGGCCGCCAAGAAGAAGAGAAUCACGAUCCUGAUGUACGAGAGCAGCGUGUGAAAAUCUCGAACGUGUUUUGUGGUUUCUAAUCCUCUCUGUUGGGGGAUCGAAGAGUAUGUUUUGUUUUGUUUUGUCACUUUCGGAUGAAUCUCCUUUGAGUGUGAUUAUUGUUCUGGUCUUGCCUCUAUUUAGAAGAAAAAAAUCUAUUAUAUUUAGUGGAGAUUAGCACUUGGACUUAAUUUCGCAUCAUCCUCGUCAAUAGAAUGUUGAAAAUUGAGAAAAAUAGUUGAAAAAAACAUUUUGUAAAAUAUAGAUAAUGUUCAGUUGUUCACAGGAUUUAGAAAAUAAAUGAUUUUGUUAGUUUUUCUCGGGGGUAUCGAUCUCAAAACCGUUCGAGGGCCAAUUUUCAUUUCAGCUAUCAACUUGGGGACAAACAAAUACAUGGUUUUUAGGAUUACGUAAUCAAAAACUCUGAUAUUAUUAAGUGAAGUUUAUUUUAAUUACUGAAUUGUAAUUAGUGAGCAAAUGAUAACAAACUCCAUACGUAUAUGUAUUAAACUUGGUAUGUUGUAGUUUAUUGUUCACUUUCAUUUUAUUUUUCCAUGAGAAAUCUACUUUGCCCUGGACAUGCAAGUUUUACUGUUUUAUUUUCCACUAACUACAUUACAUUUUUCUUUUUAGUAUUACAUAUACUAUGCCAAUAAUUCUUUAUGACCACACCGAAGGCCACAUAUGCUCCGCUGGACAUGACUUUGACACUAUAUGGAGUGGUUCUACGUGUAUCCAUACUUCCAGUUUUAUUCUAACUUUAUUAAUAAAAACCUUAUUUAUUAAAC